AACAAACACACUUCAUAUUAUCACAAAUUGAUAGUUUUGAGAUUAAUUGUGAAGAUCAUGAAAACUCCUAUGGAAAAAUUAGCAAUAAUUUUAGCCGUUGCAUUUUUUUGCAGCCUCCUUCGACAGGGCGCGGCACAAGAUGAAAAUCUGCCGUGCACGUUGCCGGGCACCAACACUACACGGUGCGCAAGGCUUCUUGCUCGCGGAUUUGAGAUAUUUUGCUGUGACUUAGCGACAGUCGACUUUGCUUGCUUGUGCACCUCAACUAACCUUCCGGGCAUCCUCGAUCCGGGAACCUUGAUUAAUAUGGGAAGAAGUUGUUCUUACCAACUUCCGGAUGUCUGCAAUAACUCUUUGCCUACGGUAAAUUAGCGAAGAAAUAUAACAAAAUGAUAUGUUCUCUUCAAGCCAUUUGCACCGUGUAUUAUUUGUUUCAAGUUUAUUGUAUCUUUCUUUUCAAUAAGUGAUGAUAAUUGUGCAAUUGUUGAUGUCUAUAUUCUAUCAUUAUAAGAUUUAUGAUAUUAUG